AGCAGCCGAAUUCAAAAUGGCGUUUCGAUGGAUGUGCAAAGUUCAUCAACUCCCCCAGAACUUCCCUUCGUCCUCUCCUCCCUCCCGGAGGAGGAUGAGGCGAAGCCGAGGAGCCCUCCGGCCCGGCAGCGGCGCCCGACGGUGCCCCCAGUCCCCCCACCCCGCACCGCGCGCCCCCGCUCACCCUCCGAGGCAGGCGCAUCACGUGUGGCUCCGGCCAGGCUCCCGGGGACGUGUUACUCAGCCAGGCUGCUGCUGCCGCCGCCGCCGCCGCCGCCGCCUCUUGCAAGCGGUAGCAUCCCUAUCUCGCUCGCUCGCUCUCCUCCUCGCCUGGGAGGGGCUCUGCUCCUCGCAGCAGAGAAAUGGACAUACACAUAAUUCCUCGGGUGACAAUUCCACAUUUUCCUCGACAAAGAAACGCUGUGCACACGCAGUUCAGUAAAAGAGGUUCAAAUGUGAUCCGUAACAGAGAGUGGAGACUUAGAC